CAUUUGCAGCCUCUUAUAGCUACAACGUAAACUAAUAAAUGGAUCGUUUAAAGUUGGUUCUGCAAUAUUUCCAGUCAAAUUCUGAGUCUAUUUCUAAUGGUAUCUGUAUAAUAUUGUCACUGAUAUGUGUUAAGUUGUAUACGAGUUUUGAUUUCAACUGCCCCUGCUUACCACAAUACAACAAGAUGUACUCACUGGGGGUCGUGUUCGUGCCUCCAAUUAUAUUGUUUCUUUUGGGAGUUUUAGUCAAUCGUCAUACAGGGGUGCUGAUGGAAGAGUGGGUAAAACCCCUAGGCAACAGGACAAAAAAUCCAGCAGUGGUGAAAUUUUUGCUGUCAUCAAUGUUGCAACGGGCCCUUCUGGCCCCCAUGGUCUGGAUUCUGAUGACACUCUUGGAUGGAAAAUGUUUCAUCUGUGCAUUUAGUAUGAAUGUAGACCCUAAAUAUUUCACAGGAAUACCAAACAGCACUGGCCUCGAAUUGAUCAAGAUCAUGGCUAAGGUGCCUUGCAAAGAAGAUGUUAUCUUCAAAAACAACAGUUUCUGGAAAGCUGUCUCACGCUAUGUGCGGUGUUAUUCUCAGGCUAUAGGGUGGUCAAUCCUCCUUUUCUUCAUUUUUUUGGGCGCUAUGGGCCGUGUCCUCAAGCCUUGCUUCAAUCACGCCACUUUUCUGCAGACACGCUACUGGAGCAAUUACUUGGACAUUGAGCAGAAGCUCUUCGAUGAGACUUGUGUCCCUCAUGCCAGAAAUUUUGCCCGAAAAUGUGUGGUGCAGUUCUUUGAGAGUAUGCAAGAAGAUGUGACUGUGAGAAUGGCCCUUUCAAAUACACUCAGACCCAGUACAAUCCAUAAUGAAUAUGAAGAGAAGGAAGAGGAGCAGCUGCAUGGUAUAACCAGACAAGAUCAGGUGGAUCAUUUACUGCAAACCUGGUACGAGUGCAAACCAGAGCUGGACGUGACCAAUAUGGCCUAUAAACCCAAAGUGUGUAUCACUUGGGAAGAUCACAAUGGGAAGGCAUUAUUCUCUGAAGUGUAAAACGGAGGGAAAAAAGAUCUUACCUCUUAAAUAAGAAUGAAUGUAAAUAAGUGACUAAUUAAAUAUGAAUAAAAAAAUUUGACCCUAGAAUUGUAAUAACUUGAGAACUAAUUGACUAAUUAAUGUUCAUUUAGAAGCAAAAGCCUAAAAAGCUGGAUGUAUAAUUCAGGCCCCCAUAAUUUUGAGGCAAAGAUGCCUGGAUGGAAAAUGUUUCAUGUGCAUAUUUAGUAUGAAUGUAGAACCCAAACAUUGUUUAACUGUAAUGUUACUAUCAGAUUAAUGUCAAUUCAAAAAGCUUUGUUUUAACCUUCCUCAAGUGCUUGGAUGCAGGUGCAUUUGAAUAUGCUGGGAUUUAGUUUGUGUAUUUUUGCAUGUCUCUUUCCACACAUUACACAACAACCUCAUGGAUAUGGCUUGCAUGCAAAUUACUACAGAACCUCGGCAACACCUGAAAAAAAUGUGUAUGUAGUUCUCUGUAUAUAUUGUGUA